GGAGAUUCAGUGAUCCCAGUAAAGGGUCACAGGCCGCCCGUGUUGUAUUGAAGCCCAGCAGGAGGAAGUGUGUUUCAGAUUCUUGUGGGGUCUCUGCAGGAGGCCGCUUCACAAUAACGUCUUUUCUCAGUACACAGCGAUUAUGAGCUUCUCCGUGUCUGAGCCUACAUGCCACAGCUGAUGAUGUGGCAGGACCAUAAAUAACACGCGCGUUUAAGCACGUAGGACAGAGGGCUCGGGAUAGGAAAUGAUGUUUCGUGUGCUUCCACACAGCCCACGGUCAGGUGUCACACAUUCUGGUUUAUGCAGUGGGAUCAUUUGUAAUAAUGCACCUGUCCUCUGGGUAAAUCCUCCACCCGUGUCUCACUCAGCCCUUAACAGACGAGCUGGCCCUAAAUGAUUCUUCCUUAGCUGCCAGUGGAGACAACGUUAGAGAUGCAAGGCUGAGAUUGUUUGGACGCGUGCAGAGAGGAUACGUGACAGCUGCCGGGCAGGAGGCACAGAGGAAGACCUCUGAAAGUUUGGAUGUAGUGAAGGAGGACAUAUGGAGAGUUUGUGCGUCAGAGGAGGAGGAUGGGAUCGACCGAAAGGAGGCAGCAGAAUCUGGAAAGAUCAACAUAAAGCUGAUAACACGAAAGACCAAAUCGUGUUGCAGAGUUCUGAUUCAGAAGAGCGCUUUGUGUUGCAGACCAUUUGGAGAAUGAGCACUAAGAACAGAAGGGGGCAGUAUUGCAACUGUAAAGGAUGCAAACUGUUGGAAAACUCCAAAGAGGAAGCAGUUUAGCGUAAAGUUCGCUGCAGCUGUAGCAGUGCUUAUUUUUGUGGCUGUGGACGAAUGGGAGCGCAGGGGCGUAAAGGCAGCAGGACCGAGGAGGUGGUAUAAACUAUCUGCACAUUGCACCAGUGUAAAUCAGUCCAGCACGAUGGCGUUAGGCGCACUCGGUUGACUCGAUGUGUCGAUUCUGCGUUUACGUGUGAAUGCAGCCUGAGCACGUGCUGAGCCCGGACAGCUAGCUUAAGCAGCGCGUGCGCGCAAGAGCUAUAACGAGCCGCUCGCGUCGCUGUUAGGCAACCGACGUUAUCGCAGCCGUCGGUCAGCAUUCAGUCAGGCCAUAUUUAACCCGUGAUGUAAAGGGUCAGAGGUAGGAUGUAGCGUGUGUGAGUGCCGUGCUGCCUGCUGUAGUGGUAAGUCGGAAACAGCUGUUAUAUCCGGGAUGUGGAGAACAUUUAGCUAAAGUUGUGCUUUAACACGUUUUCUCAUGCAGGCAACAUUAAAUCUGAACACGCCGCCGUAUCUGUUCUUCUUCCCAGUGUAAGUUACAGUCAUGGUGAACCAGGUUCAGCGAGGGGAUGGCACCUGCCAGUGCAAGAGCGACUCCAGCGGGGCCAGCAACAGCGGCGGGGACAGCUCCAAGGAGAGCUCCCGGUGCUCCACGCCGGUGCUGGAUGCUUACCGGUCGGACAGAUUGCGGGACAAGAUGCGCAGAAGGAUGGAGUCCGGAGACCGCUGGUUCUCGUUGGAGUUCUUCCCUCCACGCACAGCCAGUGGGGCUGUUAACCUCAUAUCACGGUUUGACCGUAUGGGCUCUGGUGGGCCCCUGUUCAUCGACAUUACCUGGCACCCAGCAGGCGACCCAGGUUCAGACAAGGAAACUUCAUCAUUGAUGAUUGCUAGCACAGCUGUCAACUAUUGUGGCCUGGAGAGCAUCCUCCACCUAACCUGCUGCAAUCAAAGCAAAGAGAAAAUCACUGGCUACUUGGCCAAAGCAAAGCACCUGGGCCUGAAGAAUAUCAUGGCACUAAGAGGAGACCCAGUAGGAGAAGAUUGGGAGGAAGAGGAGGACGGUUUCAACUAUGCCAUCGACCUUGUCAAACAUAUCCGCUCAGAGUUUGAUGACUACUUUGACAUCUGCGUCGCUGGCUACCCCACAGGCCACCCUGAAGCAGAGAGCUAUGAAGCUGAUCUCAGGCACCUGAAGGAGAAGGUGGAUGCUGGAGCAGACUUUGUCAUCACCCAGCUGUUCUUCAGGCCCGACACUUUCCUCAAGUUCCUGGAUGAUUGCAGAGCCAUUGGUAUCACAUGUCCCAUCUUACCAGGAAUCUUCCCCAUUCAGGGUUACCAGUCUCUGCGUCAGCUUGUCAAGCUCUCCAAGCUUGAGGUCCCAGAGGAGAUCACCCAAGUCAUCGAGCCUAUCAAAGACAACGAUGCUGCUAUCCGUAAUUAUGGGAUACAGCAAGCAGUGGAGAUGUGCCGUGUGCUGCUGGACAGUGGCAAGGUGCCAGGUGUCCACUUUUACACGCUGAACCGUGAAGUUGCGACCAUGGAGGUGCUUCGACAGCUGGGCCUGUGGAUAGAAGACCCCAGGCGGCCUCUUCCCUGGGCAGUGAGCGCCCAUCCCAAACGGAAGGUAGAAGAUGUUCGACCCAUCUUCUGGGCUUCCAGGCCCAAGAGCUACAUCUACAGAACCCAGGACUGGGACGAGUUUCCCAAUGGCAGAUGGGGAAAUUCCUCAUCUCCAGCUUUUGGGGAGUUGAAUGACUAUUACCUGUUCUACCUGAAGAGCAAAUCAUCCAAAGAUGCACUGCUGCAAAUGUGGGGUGAAGAGCUGCAAAAUGAAGAGAGCGUCUUCGAAGUCUUUACCUGCUACAUUACAGCUCAGCCAAAUCGCUGCGGACACAAGGUGAUGUGUUUGCCAUGGAAUGACGAGCCUCUGGCCCCAGAGACCAACCUUCUGAAGGAUGAACUGGAGAAAGUGAACAGGCGAGGAGUCCUCACCAUCAAUUCUCAGCCCAACAUCAAUGGCAAACCCUCCACAGACCCCAUUGUUGGCUGGGGACCUCCAGGGGGCUACGUCUUCCAGAAGGCCUAUCUGGAAUUUUUCACCUCCAGUGAAAAUGUGACCGCUCUUCUUAAAGUACUGAAGAAGUACGAGCCCCGUGUGAAUUAUCACAUUGUUAAUGUGAAUGGCCAUAACCUGACCAACGCCCCUGAAAUGCAACCAAAUGCUGUGACUUGGGGGAUCUUCCCCGGCAGGGAGAUUGUUCAGCCGACUGUAGUGGACCCAGUUAGUUUCAUGUACUGGAAGGAUGAGGCGUUUGCCUUGUGGAUUGAGCAGUGGGGCAAACUCUACGAAGACGAGUCUCCUUCUCGGAUGAUAAUUAAAUAUAUCCAUGACAAUUACUUCCUCGUCAAUUUGGUGGACAAUGACUUCCCUCUGGAGAACUGCCUGUGGCAAGUCAUCGAUGACAUGUUCGAGCUGCUCGACGCUCCUCCAGAGCUUCACAGUGAAGAAACCGUCUGAAUAAAGUCUUUUUUUUUAAAAAAGGAAAAGAAAAAACACUAAGAACAGUUGAGUUUUUAAAAAAAUGCCAUUAACGUUACAGAGUAUGAAUAUCAAACUGUAAAGAUGUUUUUAUUAAUGUUUUCAAACCUUUGAGUGAAUAGGAAACAAUGAUCAAUGAAAUUGUGCGGUCAUGUUGGCUCCUGAUGAGUAUUGUCACUGUCAGGCAGAUUAACCUGUUUUGUUUUUACGUAUGUGGAGCUGAUCAUUUGUUCAAAUGGAAACUUGUGCUAAACAACAAAACCUCCAAACGAUGACCUCAAAACAUGAAUUGUGAACAUUUCACUUUUACUCUCACAAAGAGUUCAGAUGGCCUACAUGUAAGAAUGAGCAUUAAUGAUGUGUGAUUAUAGGUGAGAACCUAGUGUAGUGAUCAAAUAUAUGUAAGAUGUGUGCAAAUCUUGCACCCUAUGAUGAACUUGAUCUCUUGACAAGAGUCACACUUAAAGCACCUGCUGCCUUAUGUACAUGAUUAAUAAUACUUAUUAAAUACUUUUCCUUCACUAACAUAACUUGUCCAGUAACUGUGUGGGUGGGAGGUAUGGAGCUGGGCAUCGACGCUGGUCUGUAGUGACAAGUGGCUUUAUUAGGUGCUAGUGCUAACGUCAAGUUCAAAGUCCAGGUCAUACAGUACAUGACACUCCAGCAGCCAAGUGGCAUGUGGGGAUUUUCCACAUAUUGAGUAAUUCAACGUGUAAAUGUACAUGUCACAGCUUAUUGACCAGAUCACCUACAUCAUGCCGGGCCAAGCAGAAGACACGUGUAAAGUAUAGUUUGUAUUCCUGCAAAAAAUAUUAGUAAUGGAAGAAGCGACCAAAGUUUAGGAUUUCUAUCAUUUUGCAAAAUGUAUUUUCCAGUGAGUUUUUUAUUUAAAAGUCCAGUUUAAGUCAGUUCUCUGUGUUCUUGUAUCUGUAUAAGCUUUUAUGACAUGUUAGAAUGGGUGUCAGAAUAAUCAAUACUAGCUUGCAGUGUCGUUUCUAAAUCUACGUUCCAUUUUUAGUGAUUACUCAAAAUCUAUUGCAAAUACAAAUGUUGACUUUUCAGUAACAUACAGGUGACACACACUGAAUGUAACGCUUUCAACAGAUCCAAACAGACAAACCAACAUCGCCCUUGCAUGAGGAUGCUGAACAUGAUAGAAAAGGACAAAAUAAUUGGUUUUCGCUCACCCACUUGCUGAGGAGUUGGGUAAAAUGCAGACAUGUACAGAUACAUACCUGUGAUCAUAAUGAGAGAUGAAUGUGAAUUGCACAGUCUACCCAUUCCUGGUACUCCCAGUAUUUCAUUAACUGAACCUGUUCAACAAGUAUGAGUGUUUCUAAUCACCGUGUCCAGGCCCAUCAAAAGAACUACAGGUCCCAUCAUGUCCUACGUCUGCUGUGAUUGGCCCCCCGCCCCUAGUUGCUCUAUGGACCAGCAGGGGGAGCCAUGCAGCUCCAGAGAGCUCAGCUCUGCCUUGGAGCAGCAUGUGAACCAUGUAACUAUACACGUAAUGUUAUAUAAAUGACAGUGAUUUGACCUUGGUUAACACAAAAGGCCUAUAUUCAGGCAUUUUCACAGUUCAUGUUUGAGGUCUAUUUGUUCACUUAUAAUAAAAUAAACACGUUUAAGUGGGCCAAAUAUAUUAUUUGAAUGUCUAAAUAUACGAUAUGGGUAAGAUAAUAUUGCUGAAAAAGAUGUCUUUGUCAUGGUCUUUCAUGUGUUUAUGUAGAUUAGUGGUCUCAGUAAAUAGUUUCCUGCCCACACUCAUUGAUGUUUGCAGUGUUUUCUCUGACAUCUGUAAAAUACUUCUACAGCAUGCUUGACUUUCACACUCAGUGUGUCCAACAUGUCUGUGCAGUGCUGCUGUGAGAGGGAGCAGCAAUGUGUGUUAGCAUGAGAAUAGUGGUGUUUUCACUGAUAUGUCUAUUCUCUAAAUAAAGGGAGCAAUGUACUUAACAUAGAGGAGAGAAACUGAAACACAAGUUUCGGUCCUGUAACGUUAGUAUCGGUAUGUUUAAUGAUAUUAUUUAAAUAUUUGAAAGCAGAAUGGGAGGGAGAGUCUUAAGCUUUCAGCCCCCUCUUCUGUGGAACGAGCUUCCAGUUUGGAUUCAGGAGACAGACACCCUGUCCCUGAACCCUGGUUCAGCUGAAGGUUUCUUCUAGUUCAAAGGAAGAUUUUCUUUCCACUAUUGCAAAGGUGCUUGCACAGAGGGGGCCAUCUGGUUGUUGGGGUUUCUCUGUAUUAAUAUAGGGUCUUUACCUUAGGAUACAAAAUGGCUUGAGAUCACUGUUGCUGUGAUUUGGCACUAUAUAAAUAAGACUGAAUUGAAAAAUGAGUGAUGGAGAUCUAGCACUUCUAUUUUUUGAAUGUUUAAUUAGAGUAUUAAUGUUUGGGAUAGUUAGAGCUUUGUCAUCAUGGAGCUGAACAACAUGUGUGUGGUUAGAUUUAGGCACCAAAAUAAUUGGUUAGGUUUCACAGAGAUUAUAGUUGAGGUUAAAAUCCAUUUUUUUUAAUAUAAACCACAGGCUAAGAAGACUAACUUCUUUUCAACAAGAUUCUUCGUCUGUGCUUUUUACCUGAAUUGAAGGAAAAACAUUUCAAAGCAUUGGAGACUCUCCAAAGAAAUUCUGCAGGCAGAGUGGGAACAUCGGGAGCGUACAGGGAGAUGAAACACUAACAUGCAUUUGCAGUGAGGCCACACAAUGCAGGAGCAAAGUCAAGCUUCAUGUAUGUCACAUCACAUCCAGUGCCAUUUUAUAGGUAUUAAUUUAAUAACUCAGAAAGACAAAAAAUCAAUUAUUAAACUUUGUUAAGUUUCAUAGGUUACAAGUUUUCUCUGUUUGACACACAUGUAAACACAUUUGUAGUUCUAACAUAUUACAUUUGACUAAAGUCUUAAUUAUUAAACAAAAUCAAAUGUAUAUAAAAAAAGCACACAACCAAGAUUUUCUGUCACCUAUCAAACAUGAAACAGUCCAUCUAAUGUUUUAUAUCAUUAACUCCCAAACUGAAAGAGACGUGGGCAAAAAGAACAAAAAGGUUCAAAA